AUGGCGUCUCUUUGCACCGGGCUGCCCAGGAAUAGAGUUUGCGAGCCGCCCGCGCUCUCGUCAGAGGCAGAAAAGGGCGCAGAGGACGACUUGGCGCGGCUUGGUCUUAGGGCUUCCAUCCUGGACGUGGGCCGCUUAUCCGUCCAGCUCGAUUCUUGCAACACAUUGUGUCUCCGUUUCCGACCCGUGUACAUUGAGCCCGACGAGAAGGCGCGACCAGGUGUCGGGGGUUGUAUUGAUGUUCAGCCCAUCGUGGCUGCCAGCGUCGGCGUGAGGGCUUUCAGUUGGAAUGCGGCGGAUAAAUCGCAUGUGCUGGUGGCGAUGAGCCUGUGCCAUGGUCUGAUUUCCGUGUGCAGAAGUCAAGACCAGCAGCAGGAGACGCAGAGCUGGGCCAAGUUAAAAUUUGAAGGCCUCCAGGAGCUGCUCAAGAAUAAGUGGUGUACCUACGGCGACUAUUGGCACGAUAAUUUUGGGCAAGAGGAGACACGGAGGAGCGUUCGCGAAGCUCUAAAUCUGAGCGCUUCAGAGGUGGCUAUGAAACCCGGGAUGCUGACGGCUCGAGCGCAGGUGUCGUAG